AUGUUCUAUCAAACUACUCUGUUACUAUUAUUCGCCGCUCUAUUUAUACCCUCCACCUCGCACAAGAUCCUUGUGUAUUCCUUGCGCUUCGGCCAAUCGCACGUCCUCUUCAUGCGGAGCAUAGCGGAUGCGCUCGCCGAAGCCGGCCAUGACGUGACCUUUUAUCAGCACGAGUUUUACGAUCAGGUCAAGUACGUGGGGUGUGAGCAUGCCAAGGUCGUGGUGAGGAAACGCGACUACCCCGUGAAGCCGUUCCCCAACUUCUGGGAGACCGGCGGACAAAGCGACAAGGAAUGGAUGGUAAGCGGGGGUUUGAGGCUUAAAAAUUUAUAUUAUCUGUGGCUUUGCCUGGGAUAAUGGCUCAAAAGUCGUGCAUUCCCGCCAGACCGAUAGGAAAACAAAAAUUUCAAAUUUGGCUCUCGGUUUCGUUUCAUUGAUAUCUUUUUUGUAUUAUUUAUUUAUCAGCAGUGACUCCAUCGUUGAAGGCCAAGCGUGUUUUAGAGCAGAUAAGCGUGCUGUCAGCGUGUUAUGACACAUGGUCUGCUUGGAUUGAUAGGUUUUGUACUUGAACAAAACAUACGAUAGAAGUUUAUGGGGUAUUCAGCUACGUCGUAUUUCUGCGACUAAUUUUAAACAUCAAACAUAAUGGGGAAGUAAGGGGUUUGUUUUUUUUUGACAGCGGGUCAUUUACCACCAGUGAAAAGAAAAGUUCGCUAAUUUUUAAAAGACGUGACUAUUUACAGUCGCGGGCAGGAUCAUGUGUCAAAAACCGCAUCCAAUGGCACCAGUUUCCAUUCUUCCCCUGACCAAAAAAGCCGUUCCUUUGUAGAAGGCAAACAUUUACCCCGUUGGAAACAAAGGCGCUUUUCGCAACACGAUCCUGUGCGGGAUGCGUAUUGUACAGCAGAAUGAACUUUAUAGGAAAUGAGCUCAAGUGCGAAGAUCAGAUACAGUGGCGGACCUGGUCCAGUCGCAAAAACGUCCCAUCUUGCACCCCGGAGGUAUCAAAAAUGUGGCAAAAUGCUUCCCUCUCCAAGUGAAAAAACACCGAUAUUUCAAAAGCGCGCCGAUUUCAAAAGAGUUUUUUUAGUUGGAGAGGGAGGCAUUUUGCCACAUUUUUGAUACUUCCCUGAUGGAAAAUUAUACGUUUCUUGCCACUGGAUCAGGUCCACUGUAUAUAGAUGAACUUGGCAAAAAUUCAUACCCGAAAUUUUAUAAAAAUGUGACAUAUUCUCCCGGCAGACUGAUAGAAAAACCGUUAAAGUCUACGCUUUUCUCGCGUUGAAAAAAGUCAUCAAAACCACAAAAAAAUAUUUUGUUGCGCUUUGUAACCCAAACCCCAUUACAAUCCGUCUUCCACCACCUGCCCGACCCGCCAUUAAUGUCCUCUAUUUUCAGAUGUACCAAGACAUUGGGCAGAACCUGGCGACCGCCUGCUAUCGUAAGUGGCUUGAUUAAUCGCCGCAUUCGAGAGCCUUUUCUUCUAACAGCGACAAAUUUUCAGACCAAUUGCGCGACACCAACCUGACCAAUCGGUUGCGGCAGGAGCGCUUCGAGCUGGCGAUUGGCGAACACUUCGACACCUGCACGUACGCGCUCUUCGAGGUGUUGGGCAUCAAGAAGUACAUCUCCGCGUACGCGGCACCAAUUUUCCCGCAGGCGCUGGAGUUGCUGGGGCACGGAAUGACCACGGCGUACAUUCCCGCUUUGAACAACAACGACAUGUCGUAUGUGGAGAGGGCCAAGGCGUUCUUGUUGAGACCCAUUGGCUAUUAUUAUUACAAUCGGAUCUUUGAGCAGCCCGUGAAAGAGGCGGUCAGAGCGGCGUUGGGACGGAGCUUUGAUGUUAAUGUAAGCAAAGAUUGAUUUUUUGGGGGCUCUGAAAUGGUCCGCUACAGAGGCCGCUUUUGAAUGCUCAUUAUUUCCCCGACAGGAUGAUAUUUCCAAUUUUCAGGCCGCAUUUGUCCAAAGCUCCUACGCCUUCGUCAACGGCGACGAGCACCUCGAAUAUCAGCAGCCAACCUCGCAGAAGGUCGUCUACAUUGGUGGAAUUACCCAGCACAAUACCGGCAAGAUCCCUGAGCCCUUUAAAAAAGUAUUGAAAUCGGCUCGCCGCGGCGUAAUUUUGGUCUCUUUUGGCACCGUCGCAACUGGUGAGGUAAUGCCCAACAAAACAAAGGAGAUCUUGUCCGAGACUUUUGCGCAAUUCCCGGAUAUCAAAUUCUUGUUCAAGCACAACGAUCGGUACGACCCGUUGUUCCGUCAUAUGGACAAUGUGGUUGUGGAGAAAUGGGUGCCGCAGAAAGAGGUUUUGGGUAAUUUUUGGACGGCAAAAUUGUUUGUACAGUAGGGGACCUGAUCCAGUGGCCAAACACGCACAAUUUUGCAUCCGGGAAGUAUCAAAAAUGUGGCAAAAUGCCUCCCUCUCCAAGUGAAAAAACUCCGAUUUCACAAGCCAGCCCGCUUUUUUUGCGAGGGAAAGUAAUGGUCCGGUGACCAGAAUAGACUCCUCGCUAUCUGUUUUAUACACUCGUCUUAAUUUUACAGAGAAGACAGAGAAAAGACGCGCAAACCGUACUCUCUCGCCCCAAAAACUCCCCAUUUCAUUCACGACAAAAAGUUUUUUCGCGUCUUUUUUUUUGGCGAAUUGCCAAUCCAUUCACCGGAGCGUGUUAUCUUAUCUCAGUUUGACGUGCGCAACCUUCAAAACGAAGUUUUUUUUCACUUGGAGAGGGAAGCGUUUUCCCACAUUUUCGAUGCUUCUCGGAUGCAAAAUAGUACAUUUUUUGCGACUGGGUCAGGUCCCCUACUGUAGCAGCGAUUCUGUGCAUGACCCUAUGAAUACUCGCAAAAUCAGAUGUGUUCAUGCCCCUUCUUUUCAGCGCAUCCAAAAACUAUCGGGUUCAUCACACACGGUGGCCUGAACUCCGUCUCCGAGACCGCCUUUCACGGUGUGCCCUCCGUUUGCAUCCCUCUCUUCGGCGACCAGGAGCGCAACUGUAUGAUGGGCGAGAUGCACGGGAUUCUCACCACGGUACGACGACAGCAGCUCGACGCGACAAGCCUAAUCACGGCAGUUCGAAAAAUCCUCAGCGAUCAGAAAAUUCGCGACAACGCCGCAGCCAUGAAGGAGAUGAUGCAAAACAAACCGACGUCGGCGCGAGAUCGCGUUGUAAAGUUUACCGAGCACGCAAUUCGCUUCGAUAUCGCGAAAAUCCAUGACUUGAGGGCACGACAGUUGAAUACACUGCAAUACUAUGGACUUGAUGUCUAUCUUCCAAUAGUUUUUGUUGUUUUUUCGAUAUUUUUCGUUGUUUACAAGUCGAUUCGAGUUGUGUUUAGUAUGGUUGUCAAGUUUAAAGUAGAGUAG